GAAUGGAAACACACUUGGAUGAUCCCCUCACAAACUGCAGGCAUCUCCCACACUUUCAGUUCAGGGAACAAAGAGGUAGAUUUUAGUCUAAGUCUAAUUCAAGGAAUCCAUUGUUUAUUAUAAAAUAGAGUGAAUUAUUUCCCCCCAUGCCACUGCAACGAGGACCAGUCAAAAAACAAACUGUGUCAGAUUGUCCAUUUAUAAAGUUUCUAACACAUUAAAAGUUGCUGACAGAAGGACAAACAGUGGAGGCAAUUCUAAAGUUAAAAUAAUGAUAAUAACAUAUUAUAGUAUAGUAACUGGAAGUACUCAACUCAGGAGUAUUUCUUGUGAAGAUGCUGAGUAAAUCAAUGUCAUGACAGCAUCACGCAGGCUGUGGGCGGAAAAACAAAACACGGGAAGUAGAAAGUGAGAGACGCUCUGAAACCCACCAGCAUUUAAAGAGAUUAAUCAGCGCCUCUAAUCCCUCCAGUGUCCUCACAUUCUCUCUCCCGGACCAUUACAUCCAAACAUCCGACCUCUGCUGCCCUUGAGCCGCAGUUUAGUCUCACCUGAGGAGAUGAGGAGUCCGCAGAAGCUCCGAGGAUCCCCGCUGCUGAUGCGGCUGUUGCUGCUGUUGGUUGCACUUUGCGCUGAAGGCUACAGGCCCGUGGUCAUCGUGCACGGGCUUUUUGAUGGACCCAAGCAGUUUGAAACUCUGUCUGUCUACAUCAACAAGGUGCACCCAGGUACCGAGGUGCGAGUGAUUGACUUGUACAACAACAUGUCCAGUCUGAAGCCCAUGUGGAGGCAGGUCACAGACUUCAGGAAAGCCAUCGACUCCAUCAUGACGAACGCUCCAGAUGGCAUCCAUCUUAUCUGCUUUUCACAAGGCGGUCUGAUUUGCAGAGCACUUCUCUCCACAACCCCGAGCCACAAUGUGCAUGCCUUCAUUUCACUGUCCUCACCACAGGCUGGACAAUAUGGAGACACAGACUAUCUGAAGUGGGUGUUUCCUAAACAUUUAAAGAAGACAGUGUUUACAUUUUGCUACAGGCGAUUUGGACAGAAAGUGUCUGUUUGUGAAUACUGGAACGACCCUCACCAUAGGUUCCAGUACCUGCAGAACAACAAUUUUCUGUCAAUGCUUAAUGGAGACAUACAUCAUAGUAACAUUAAAGCAUGGAGGGAAAACUUCCUUCGCAUCAGAAAGCUUGUCCUGAUUGGUGGACCAGAUGACGGUGUCAUCACUCCUUGGCAGUCCAGCCACUUUGGAUUUUAUGACAGCAAUGAAAAUGUAAUCGAAAUGAGGGAUCAGGAGUUUUAUAGGAAAGACACGUUUGGGCUGAAGACGCUGGACGCUCGUGGGGACGUGUGGACGUGCACUCAGCCUGAAGUCAAGCAUGUUCAAUGGCACUCCAACUACACAGUGUUCAUGAGAUGCAUCGAGAAGUGGCUCACAUGAAAAGACAUCACCGACAGAGAGUCAGAGAGGUUAAACAGAAUUAUUGUUACGUCCUGUUGUAAAUUGGGCAGCAUACAAACACAAUAAAGAAAAUGAACAUGAAUUUUAUCAUCAGGUAUAGUCAGGUGACUUUCUGUUUACUGGCUAAAAUCUGACUCACUGUCAGUACCUCAUACAACCACAGUUCAAAAAAGAAGAAGAAUGUGCUUUUAUGUUCAACACAAACAGAGUGUGUGAGUGUCUCAGGCUCUUCAGGAGCUCCAUUAUAAAACUGAAGCACAAACAGUAUAACAGUGCUAGAGACUCUAACCGGCUGUUUCUAUUGAUAUGAUCAUCAUAACAAGACAUUGUCUCAUGCAUGAUUCUGCAUGUCUAGUUGCAGCAACUAUGUUUUUCUAUGUAUUUGUUGAUGUGCAUCCAUUAAAGUACAUUACUCUAAU